GCGUUUCAGUCAGAUCUCGGCCAGCCAGCGAGGAGCACCGCCGCCGCCUCCCCUAGCACCAUUGAGCAAACAUCACCCGCAGCCGAAAGAGCACCCCCGCCAGACGAAGUCCACCUGCUCCAGCGGACUAGGUGCUAGGGCGAUAAGAGCGCCAUAAACACGGAGAUCUGGUUACGUAAACAGAACACACAGAGCAGCAGCCCGGGAACAUGGAGGUGCCGCCGCCGCUCGUCCUCAAGCGACCGCUGUACGUGCCCAGCAAGACGCUGAUGGGGCCGGGUCCCUCGAACUGCUCCCACCGCGUCCUGGAGGCCAUGAGCAACCCGGUGCUGGGCCACAUGCAUCCCGAGUGCCUGCAGAUCAUGGACGAGGUGAAGGAGGGCAUCAAGUACAUCUUCCAGACCCUGAACGACGCCACCAUGUGCAUCAGUGGCGCGGGCCACGCGGGCAUGGAGGCCUCCCUGUGCAACCUGAUCGAGGACGGCGACGUGGUGCUCAUGGGCAUCACGGGCGUUUGGGGCCAUCGCGCCGGCGACAUGGCUCGGCGCUACGGGGCCGAGGUGCACUACGUGGAGGCGAGCUUCGGCCGGGCCCUCAGCCUCGAGGAGAUCACAUUCGCCUUCGAGGCCCACCGACCGCGGGUCUUCUUCAUCGCCCAGGGCGACUCCUCGACAGGGAUCUACCAGCAGAACAUCCGCGAGCUGGGAGAGCUGUGCCGCAAGUACGACUGCUUUCUGGUCGUGGACACGGUGGCCUCCCUGGGAGGCGCCGAGUUCCUGAUGGACGAGUGGAAGGUGGAUGUGGCCUACACCGGCUCGCAGAAGUGCCUCGGUGGCCCCGCCGGACUCACACCCAUUUCGUUCAGCAAGCGCGCGCUCACGCGCAUCCGGAAGCGGAAGACCAAGCCCAAGGUGUACUACUUCGACAUCCUGCUGAUCGGCCAGUACUGGGGCUGCUACGGCACCCCGAGGAUCUACCACCACACCAUCUCCUCCACCCUGCUGUACGGACUGCGCGAGGCACUGGCCCACUUCUGUGCCGUGGGCCUGAGGGCGGUGGUGCGGCGGCACCAGGAGUGCUCCAGGCGACUGCAGCUGGGCAUCGAGGAGCUGGGCCUGGAGAUGUUCGUCCAGCGCGAGGAGGAGCGCUUGUCCACGGUGAACACGAUCAAGGUGCCUUUUGGUGUGGACUGGAAGAAGGUGGCCGAGUACGCCAUGCGAAAGUACAGCGUGGAGAUCAGCGGCGGACUGGGACCCACCGUGGAGCACGUCUUCCGCAUCGGCUUGAUGGGCGAGAACGCCACCGUGGAGCGCGUGGACAUGGUGCUCAGCAUCCUGAACGAGGCCAUCCAGAGCAGCAAGUUGGGGAUCAAGACGGAACGGUCCAAGAUAUGAUCCCUCCUAGUUGUACGUCCUUGUUUUUACUGCUUUUAAAUAAAAUAUAAAAACUCA